UGCGGGGUGGGGGGCUUGGGGGCGGGGCUGCUGUGGCGUUGCGCGCGCGGGGGGAUAGGAAGCCGCGCUGAUUUCCUGCCAGGGUUCUCUAUUUUGGGCAGGGGGAUGUUGGCAGGCCCUUCUCCCCAGCUCUAGACGUCGCCACUGCCCUCCGUAAGCUUAUCGAAGCAGCGGCUCAAGUGUGACGUCUCCUUUUCCUCCGAGCGCCUAGUCCUGAGCUCGCGCCAUCCCUGCUUCGGAUUUAAACAGCGGUCAGCUGUUCCGGUGCCGGAUAGGGGAGUGCACAUCGGUGCCCUGGACCUUGUAUUUCCCAGCUACUUGUACCCUCGAAAAGACUAGGGUCCAGGACCUACGAGGAACGCCGGGACGGCGGACCGGAGCGGAGAGCGGGAGCGGGACCGCUUGGGCGGUCGACGGCGCACGCGCUCGACGCGCGUUGGGGGCGGGGCUGCGUCGGGGCGGGGCCAGCGCGCGCGGGAAGCGCCCACGGGGAGGCCGGCCGGCUCCUCAGCGCCGCGCGUCAUGGCCCUCUCGGUUCCCGGCUACUCGCCCAGUUUCAGGAAGCCUCCCGAGACUUUGCGGCUCCGACGGAAAAGGGUCCGGACCCCUGAGGCCGCCGCUUCACCCAGGGAGCAGCCCGAGCCUGAGCCCCGCCGCGCCGCUCUGGCCGCCGGGCUGCUCCUCCGCCCCUUCCCGGCGGCUGCUGGCAGAGGCGGCGGCGGCCGGGCCGCGGCCCGCAGAAACCCCUUCGCCCGCCUGGACAACCGGCCGCCGGCCGCCGCGGAGCCCCCCGACGAGCCGCCCCGCGGCCAGCAGGAGGCGCAGGACCCGUGUUUAGAUUCUAAUCAAGAAAAUGAUUUGCUCUGGGAAGAGAAGUUCCCCGAAAGAACAGUCGUGGCCGAGUUACUCCAGACUCCACAAGUAUCAUUCUCCAAAUCUGAUAUUCCAUCCUCAGAAAGUACUGAGUUACCUGUGGACUGGAGUAUUAAAACUCGACUCCUUUUCACCUCUUCUCAACCCUUUACCUGGGCAGAUCAUUUGAAAGCACAGGAAGAGGCUCAAGGUAUCAUCCAGCAUUGUAGGGCAACAGAAGUUACUUUGCCUCAAAGUAUACAGGAUCCCAAACUCUCCACUGAGCUCCGAUGUGCCUUCCAGCAGAGCCUUAUCUACUGGCUCCACCCUGCCUUUCCUUGGCUACCUCUGUUCCCUCGCAUUGGAGUUGAUAGAAAAAUGACUGGAAAGAUAAGCCCUUGGUCAAAUGAUGAAACCUUGCAACACAUUUUAAUGAGUGAUUGGUCUGUGAGCUUCACUUCUCUAUAUAAUUUGCUGAAGACAAAACUUUGCCCAUAUUUCUACGUUUGUACCUAUCAGUUUACUAUCCUGUUCCGUGCAGCAGGCUUAGCAGGAAAUGAUGUAAUCACAGCUCUCGUGUCUCCGACAACUAGAGGAAUAAGAGAAGCUAUGAAAAAUGAAGGUAUUGAAUUUUCUCUGCCGUUAAUAAAAGAAAAUGGCUAUCAGAAGAAAAAGACAUCUGGAACAAGCUUGGGAAAUGGAGAGGAACAAGUAAUCAGUGAUGAUGAUGAAGAUGAAAGUUUUUCCUGGCUGGAAGAGAUAGGUGUGCAAGACAAAAUUAAAAAACCAGACAUACUCUCUAUCAAGCUACGCAAAGAGAAACAUGAAGUGCAAAUGGACCACAGACCUGAGUCUGUUGUGUUGGUGAAGGGAAUGAACACCCUUACAUUGCUGAAUUUUUUGAUAAACUCUAAGAGUUUAAUUGCAAGCUCAGGCCCACAGGCAGGACUUCCACCAACCCUCUUAUCCCCUGUAGCUUUCCGAGGUGCCACAAUGCAAAUGCUUAAGGCACGAAGUGUAAAUGUGAAGACACAAGCUGUUUCUGGAUACAAAGAUCAAUUUAGUUUGGAGAUUACAGGUCCUAUCAUGCCUCAUUCUCUACAUUCUGUGACCAUGCUACUCAAAUCUUCACAGAAUGGGUCAUUUUCUGCUGGACUGUAUACACAUGAGCCAACUGCUGUAUUUAAUAUCUGCCUGCCAGUGAAUAAAAUACUGGAUAAGGAGACACUUCAGGAGGAGCUUGGUAACUGUGGGUUGCACCCUAAGACUCUGGACCAACUUAGUCAAAUACCAACACUGGGAAAAUCAUCUUUACGGCUUGUGGAAUUGAGUGACUUCGUUUAUAAUUGGAGAUCCUGAACACCAAAGUAAGCCUAAAAGGAAUCUUUGAGGAAAAAGCCUUCUAGCAAGGAAAUUCAAGAUUCUUAUACCUUUGGCUCUAAAGUUCAUUUUGGAAGUUAAAGGAAUAGAACUUUAAAAUAUUCAAGUGUUGAUAAACAACCUUUUAGCUUAAUUUUUAUUACGUGCAUUAAGCAAAAGGAUUAAGGCUUUAAAUCAACAUUUUGUUUUUACUAUUCUGAUUAGAUAAUUCAGGUAUAAAGAGGACUCCCAACUCUUAAAAAAACCUCAGAAACUUGAAUGAGACUUCCAGACCCUUACAAGCUAAUUAUAAACGGAGUAGAAAAUGGAGUAUUAUGAAUGUCAGUGUUGCCUUGCAAAUGGCAAAUUGAAGCUAAGUAUUAAUUAUCUACUGGCAUUUUGUGACCGAUGGCAUCAGGGCAAAACCAUAUUUGACAAUUUACCUAUACCUACAGUUAUAUGCAGGUUCUAGAUUAUAAAGAUACAAAUGCAGACAAACUCGUAUUUGUAGACAAAUAGCUAAUUGUUGAUGUCUCUACUUUAGUUGCCUUCAUUCUCAUUUCUAAUUCCUCGAUUUUCAAAUAUAUUAAAUUUGUUUUUUUUAAUGCAUGUUAAUUCAAAGAGGGGUAUUUUGUAUUCCACAUAGAAUAGUGUUAAUUGUAAAGUGUGCUCAGCUGUCAUGGUAAAGGAGUAUUUAAUGUUCUUGUAGGUAUUUGUGUGUGUGCACGCGCGAGUGUGUGUGUUGUGUGUGUAAUUCAAAUUUCCUUAAAAUAAAAGGACGUAGAAAUCAAAAGCACUGGGUAAAGAAAUGACAAUAUUUAGUGAAGAAGUAUGUGUUCACUUUAUGAUCCAAAAAAUAAGACACCACAUUUAUUCCAGAGAAGUUUAUAUUUGGGCCUUAAGCUUUUGAAAAUAAAGUUUAGAGACAUAGCAUUAUGAAUACCACUGUAAUACACAUGAAAUAUUCUAUCAGACCCUAAAAAUUAACAUAAACUUAAACUUUCUCAGUCAACAAAAUAGUGGCUGGGUGCCGAUUUUAUUAGAUAAGUUGGUUACAGCAUUUUAAUUAUCAUUUAACGUCUAUCUAGGUGUAGCUGAAAUUCAAAAUGCACAUCAAAGUAAAACUAUAUCACAACUCAAUGCCAUACUAAAUGUACUUGGCCUCUGCAGUAGAAUUCUAAUCGGACUUCAUUUUGACUCCCUUCUCAUGGCCCAAGUGGCUUUGAUGGGAAUGCAGGACUUAGUGCUGAUCAUCACACAACAUACCACUUUCUUUUUAUAACCUCUACAAAAUUUUAAGGGGAGAUGGUGGCAUUAGCCCUGUGGAACAGAUCUUGAUUACCUCAAUAACACUGGCCCAGUAUCUGUCCAGCAGAACCCAUUGUGAACUAGUACAAGGUGCACAGCCCUUCACUGAUUACAGGCAAGUGUUACAGCAGCCUAGCCAUAAGGAAGGGAGGUUACAUCAUAGUACAAAAUACAGUAUAAAAGCGUUAUUUAACAUUCCACACUGAAGAUUACGGAUGCCUUCAAACAAUCGUUUGGAUGUUAGCCACUUAAACAAAUACAUCACUAAGGUAAACAAUAUAAACAUACCAAAACCCUGUAUGGUUAAAUACAAUUUCCAUGGUACAAAAAUCAAAGCCUGGAGAUGUUUGUACAGAUUGCUUUUUACACAAUGUCUUAAAUUGCCAAAUAUUUACAACAUUAAAGAGGAAAUACAUUUUGAUGCAGAGUAAAAUUAUCUGAAAUGAUUAAUAUAAAACCUCAAUCUAUCUACGUGAGGCACUCCUGAAGCAAGUGGCAUUAGCCAUGAGGUCCUUUGGUACAAGGCCCAUUGCUUGAAGAACCACAGUAGCUGCUGUGGCUUUAGCAUGCUUCUUAUUAGGGCUGGCAAAGCUGGGCUGGUAAGCGCUUCCAUUUAUCAAUACCUAUUCAAGAAAAACAUACAAUUGGGCUGGUAAGGGCUUCCAUUUCUCAAUACCUAUUCAAGAAAAACAUACAAUAAGAACAGCAUCAAACUUUAAUAUCUAUUAGCUUUGUAUUUUUUCACUAAAUGCUAGAAAAAUAAUUCACAAAAACUAUAAAACCCAUACUAUGGAAGUCAAAUUAAUCUCAACCCAGAAGCAGCAAAUCAUUUAGGAAAAGGGACUACAAAUUAAGGUCUUCAAAUUGAAGGGGCAUGGGGAAAGGGGAUGGAGAAAACCCUGAUAAAGCUACUAAAUUAACACUAAAUUAAUUCCCCAUGUUCCACUAGAAAAUGUCAACAAAUUCUUCACCAGAUUUUGCCCACAUCUUUCCCUCCAACAUUUUUGAAAAAUAGGAUAUUAACAGGUCAUAUUAAAGUAUACUUAAAUAUUUAAAAACCCUACCACUUCUACCCACACAUCUAUUCACUCCCAACCCACAAUGUAUCAAUAUUGUGACGAUACAGUGCUUUUCCCUCACCCUCUAAGGUUGUCAUCAAAUUAGUAGGGGUAUAUAAUUAAUGCACAAAUUCAUAUUUACCCUAAAGAGAAAAUGUUUGCGAUGAUCAGGGCCACUAUCAUGGACCAAGAGAAAUUCUGGUGGUUGCCACCUUCUCUUAUUACAGAUUUCCAUCAAAGCAGACACAGGAUGUUUGCCUGCAGAGAAAAAAAAAAUAACUUGUUAAUUAUUUCUACUGUCUGUGGCAACAAAUUAUGAAUUCAAGUUGGGGAUGGGACAAGAGGAAAUUUAAAUGUAUGCUCACCUGACAGAUCUUUCAUUGCAGCAGAGAAGUUCCCAGACCUCUUUUGUGCUCUUUCUCCUACUGCAACAAGACCUUUAAAAUAAAAAGCCAAUGUUCACUGAAUAAAUCCCAAAGCAUCAUUCAAAAUUAUAAACACAAUGAUUCCCUCUGUAGGAACCUGAAUCUCAAUAAAAUAUUCAACUCCCACUA